AUGGACCCAAUGCUCCCCCCGGCUUUGAGGCAGCCAUCUAUCGAAACUAUAUUCCUCGAGCCCUGCGACGCCUUUGAAUCCUUGAACAUGGAGAAAUUUCUUACCAAUCCUUGGUCUGCUGAGGAGACUAACACCUCUGCCGCCACCUCCACUGCUGCUGACCCCAACCCAGCAACCCCUAUCCAUCGCCAGGGCUCCCCUACGCUCUCCCUCCCCAGGCCGCUCCACUGGAAGAUUGUGGAGAAGGUGUGGGCAAAGAUCCAAGAGGAGGGACUACCCCUCAUGAUGAACGUGGGAGGAGCACAAAGAGUUCACGACUCGGACGCUCCUCCUCUGUCAUCAUCACCAUCUCCAUAUGAGAUUGCUGCAUCUCCAAUGGAGGUUAAAGGAUCGACGCUUGGCCAAAUGACGAGUGUAGCAUGUGGAGGGAGGAUGGAGAUGUCAGAUUUUGCGGUGCAGCAAGUGAGAGGGGAAUCACUGCUUACGGCUGGGCUUGGGCCAUGCAAUGGAGAGGGGAUGGAAUGGGAGAGAGGUAGAAGGGGGAAGAAAGGGAAGAAUGAGACGGAGGAAAAGGAAAUAGAGCGACGGAUGAAGAAAUUGAUCAGAAGUAGGGAGUCUGCUGCUCGCUUCCACGCCAAAAAACAGGAAGGCUUGUCAAAUAGUCCCAUGAAGCUUCCAUUUUGUAACUUCCUAGCUGGGCUUUGGCUUUCCUAA